AUGCACCUUGACGGGUUGAUCUAUUGCAGUAUAGGAAAGGGGCGUGGUUCUGGGCAAUCUAAGGAAUAUCAAAUGCAACCUCACUCACUUGUUAGAACCCAAAACAUAAGGAAAGGCUUGAUCCCGUACACCUAUCGUUUAAUCUGUUGGUACUUUUGCCUCGCGCACGGAAGCUUCCCCACCGUGACUAGCAACCAAUCGGAUCGUUCUAAUGAUUCGGGUACGGGUGCUUCAGCGGAUCAGACAAACACUAGCAGAACGAAUGGCGACAGAGGCCAAGCCCAAGGCAGCACUCAAGAAGAAAGUGAAUCCGUUGCUCAAACUUCUGUGGCAGUUCCUGUCGGAACUCUGAGGGUCUCGAAUAGUUCUGCGAUGGGGCAAGAAUACCACGAGUACUAUAAUUAUGGUCAAAAUGAUAAGAAACCUAAUGGAACGCAGUGA